AUGUGGAACAUUCGUGCUGUUUAUCUUCUCAUCAUCUGCCUGUUUUAUACAGGAUGUUCUGGUAAGAAUGAUGAGGAGAGGCUGAUUAAUGAUCUUUUAAUAGUCAGAAAGUAUAAUAAAGAUGUACGGCCAGUGCAGCAGAAGGAUGAAGUGGUGAACAUUGCAUUGGGUUUAACACUCUCCAAUCUCAUUUCAUUAAAAGAAGUUGAUGAGACUCUGACAACAAAUGUCUGGAUUGAUCAUGGAUGGUAUGAUACCCGACUUACCUGGAAUGCUUCAGAAUACAGUGGAAUUACCAUCCUUCGACUUCCCCCCUACUUGCUAUGGAUACCAGACAUUGUCCUAGAAAACAACAAUGAUGGACAAUACCAGGUGGCCUAUUUUUGUAAUGUGCUGGUCCGAGCAAAUGGAUUCAUUACAUGGCUUCCCCCUGCAAUAUUCAGAAGUUCCUGUCCCAUCAACACCCUUUAUUUUCCAUUUGACUGGCAGAACUGCUCCUUGAAAUUCAUGUCUUUUAAUUACAACGCAAAGGAGAUAAAUUUGGAACUGCAAACAGAUGUUAUAGAUGACAAAGAGUUUCCUAUUGAAUGGAUUAACAUUGACCCCGAAGCUUUCACAGAGAACGGUGAAUGGGAAAUUAUUCACAAACCUGCAAAAAAGAAUAUCCAUGCAAAUAUUCCUCGUAAUAGCACCAAAUACCAGGAUAUAACAUUCUACCUCAUUAUCAGACGCAAGCCAUUGUUUUAUAUCAUCAACAUCAUCACUCCCUGCAUCCUCAUUUCUUUUCUGGCAUCAUUAGCUUUUUAUCUUCCUGCAGACAGUGGUGAGAAGAUGACCUUGUCUAUUUCUGUCUUGCUUGCUCAGUCUGUCUUCCUGCUGCUGAUAUCACAAAGAUUACCAGAGACAGCUCUAGCUGUUCCACUAAUUGGCAAAUAUUUGAUGUUCAUAAUGAUUCUGGUCACCGUUGUGAUAGUGAACUGUGUCAUUGUUUUAAACUUCCACUUCCGAACUCCCAGCACGCAUGUUCUCUCAUCCUGGACUAAAUGGCUGUUUUUGGAAAAACUCCCGCGGAUCCUGCACAUGUCCCGACCUGAUGAAAGUGACUCAUCGCCAUGGGAGAACGGUGUGUUGCAGCGACGCAGCAGCUCCAUUGGAUAUAUUGUCAAAGCACAAGAAUAUUUCACCAUCAAAUCCAGAAGUGAACUUAUGUUUGAGAAGCAAUCUGAACGACAUGGAUUGAGGACACGGGCCACUCCAACUAUCAGUCUUGGAAGCAAUGGCAAUGAUAAUGAAAACAUUCCAGACCAGCUAUAUGCAGAGGUCAAGCCGGGUAUUGAUGGGGCAAAUUUCAUUGUGAAGCACAUAAAAGAAAAGAAUGACUAUGAUGAGAAAGUUGACAGCUGGAAUCGAGUGGCCCACACAUUAGACAGGUUGUGUAUGUUCAUCAUAACUCCAAUAAUGAUCUGUGCAACAUUCAUCAUUUUCAUGCUGGGAAACCUCAAUCACCCUCCACCAUUACCAUUUGAAGGCGAUUCCUUUGAAUAUUCAGCAGAUCGCCCACGAUGUGCAUAG